AAAAAUACGGUGGCUCUUCACCACCACCGGUACAAAUGUUACGGAAAAUAUAAUUCAGAACAAGCUUAUCGAUCGAUCUCUUUGCUGUCCUCCCAUGACUACAGAAACGCUCAUCUUUCUUUUCCUGCUUUUCUCCCAAAGUUGCAAUGGAAGGGAUACAAGUCUCUGUGCCCCUUCUUCAUGCGGCAAUAACCACAACAUUCGUUACCCUUUCGGAUUACGAACUGAUCUAAAUAAUUGCGGAGACCAUAGAUUUGAGCUUUCUUGUGAAAAUAAUUUCACAGUGUUAAAUCUAUUCCGAGGAAAAUAUUAUGUCCAGUCCAUCAAUUACGAUAACUUCACUAUCCGACUGGUGGAUGCCGGCGUUCAUCAGCAUAAUUGCUCCUCCUUUCCUCGUUUUCCUUUACCAGUUGAUUAUUUUAAUGAUGAUGAGAUUGUUCCAUAUUCCUAUUAUAAAUACCAAUGGACAAAGUCAGAAGAAGACAAAUGGGCUAAGUUGGGAGAACCUCCCAUGUUAUCGCAGAUGAUUAUUUUCAUCAAGUGCCCAAAUCCAGUGUACUCUCCCCUUUACGUGGACACCGCUCCUUGCGUUUUACGUGGAUUCAAUUCUUCUGUAUCUGCUUUGAAGAGGCACUACUCUUAUGUAAAUAUCGGAGACAUGAAGGCAUCCGAAUUGAUGGAGUCGUGCAGCGUGGAGAUGAUAAGUAUGUUUCCAGUUUCAGCAAAGAAGAACAUGUCCUUUAUUGAAAUUCACAGGGAGCUUGCAUUUGGGUUUCAGCUUUCCUGGCACAAGUACAUCAUCAAAUGUGAAAAAUGUUAUUCUCGGAGUUGCUAUCGGGACAGCAGAAACCGUGUUCGAUGCAUGUACAUGCAGGGUGAGUAAUGCUUUCAUCCAUUUUAUAUAUCAUAAUAAUUAUUCACUUUCACGCGCAAAUUCGUUCGAUUCAUAAAUCACACGAUAAUAUUUCUAUAUUAUUAUUAUGAGAUAAAUACAUAAAAUAUAUAUUAUAAAUAGAGACAUAAUACAUAUUAUUGAUAAUUAAGAUCUACACUCAGAUCUAAUAUAUGCGAUGUACGAUUAUUUUAUUCUUAAUUUGUUCUUUUCAGUAUAACCUAAUCACAAAAAUAAGCCAAAAUUUUUUCGUAUUUUUCAAUCUAAUCCAAAUAUUUAAAUUUUGAAAUAAUUAGUUAAAUUUUCAAAUUUUGUAAAUAUUUUAUCCAAAUUUUUCAUAAUGUUGAAAAAUUGUUAUCAUUUUAUCUAAUUUUUUUUCUACAUAUUAUUUUCACUUUGUUUUCUGGCUGAUCUAACCUUACCAUUAUCAUCAAUAAUUUUCAAAUUUCAUUUAGAUAUCUAUGAUGCAUCAAAAUUCUUAAUCCUUUGGUCAAUUUGGUUUCUUUGUCAUGGAUUCUCUCUCUUCAUUACCACCAAAUCUCAUCAUUAUGUGAUACUCAAUGGUUAUGAAAAUGAAAUUAUAAAAGAACCGGUGAAUGUGGUAAAGUUGGAUAGUUAUAAACAAGUGAAAAAAUGAAUUCAACAUUCAAUUUAUAAAAAUUGGAUAAAAUUUUAACAAUUUUUAUAAAUUUAGCUAAUUUUAUUAAAUUGAAGCUUUUGGAUUAAAUUGCCAAAACGUGAUAAGAUUUGAAAUUUUUUCUUUAAUUAGGUAUCUCAUUAUUAGAUUAUAACUUAUUAAUUCAUUUAAUGUUAGUUAUUAGCAAAGUAAAAUUUAUUUUAUAAAAAAUAAAAUUAAG